GCCUGAGAAUUUCUACUCUGAAGACUGAAACCAGGGCCUUCCUCAAAUGGGAGAGUAAGAGGGUAUGUUGAUCCCUAAACGCUAACCCCGCCUGUGGGUUUGUUCAGCUCGUCCAGAUGGAGAGGCCUGGGGGCAUUCUGAGGUUCCUGUUGUCCCUGGGGAGGCACGUGCAUGCGGUUAAGCAGCGCCCCACGCGCGUCCUCAGGGGAAGCCCCGCACUGCGAACGAAGGUUUCGGGACCGCUCUCUCUGGAACCCACCAGCCUCGCGCUCUCACGGCCGCCGGCGCGGUGCAGCCAUUGGCAGGAGGGGAACAACGCACUGCAGCGUCUCGCCCCGCCUGCCCCGCAGCGGGGCCGCAUAGACAUCAGCUCCGGGAGCAGCGCAGGUCUGAGCCAGGACCAUGGGCGCUGCGCUGGGCACGAGCGCGCGGCUGGUUCUGCGGCCGGGCCUGGCCUGCGGCGCCGUCCCGCGCUGGGCGCCCUCCGCGCCCGCCCGAGGCUGCCACUCCAAGCCCGGCCCAGCGCGCUCUGUGCCCCUGAAGAAGCGCGGAUACGAUGUCACCAGGAACCCGCAUCUCAACAAGGGGAUGGCCUUUACUCUUGAAGAAAGGCUGCAGCUUGGAAUCCAUGGCCUAAUCCCCCCCUGCUUCCUGAGCCAGGACGUCCAGCUUCUCCGGAUCAUGAGAUACUACGAGCGGCAGCAGAGUGACCUGGACAAGUACAUCAUUCUCAUGACACUCCAAGACCGGAAUGAGAAGCUGUUCUACCGAGUGCUGACAUCAGAUGUGGAGAAAUUCAUGCCCAUCGUGUACACACCCACCGUGGGGCUGGCCUGUCAGCACUAUGGCCUGACCUUCCGCAGGCCCCGUGGGCUGUUUAUCACCAUUCAUGACAAAGGCCAUCUUGCAACAAUGCUGAACUCUUGGCCAGAAGACGAUAUUAAGGCCGUGGUGGUGACUGAUGGGGAACGCAUCCUGGGCUUGGGAGACCUGGGCUGCUACGGCAUGGGCAUCCCUGUGGGCAAGCUGGCCCUGUACACGGCGUGCGGAGGGGUCAACCCGCAGCAGUGCCUCCCCGUCCUGCUGGAUGUUGGCACCAACAAUGAGGAGCUGCUCAGAGACCCUCUGUACAUCGGCCUGAAACACCAGCGUGUGCGCGGGAAGGAAUACGACGACCUGCUGGACGAGUUCAUGCAGGCCGUGACAGACAAGUUUGGAAUAAAUUGCCUCAUCCAGUUUGAAGACUUUGCCAAUGCCAAUGCCUUCCGCCUGCUCAACAAAUACCGCAACAAAUACUGCAUGUUCAACGAUGACAUCCAAGGCACAGCCUCCGUUGCUGUGGCAGGGAUCCUGGCUGCUCUGCGAAUCACCAAGAACAAGCUCUCCAAUCAUGUGUUUGUUUUCCAAGGUGCAGGUGAGGCAGCCAUGGGCAUCGCCCACCUCCUUGUCAUGGCCCUGGAGAAACAAGGCGUAUCCAAGGCAGAGGCCACGAGGAAGAUCUGGAUGGUGGACUCCAAGGGCCUCAUCGUCAAGGGGAGGACCCACCUGAACCAUGAGAAGGAGAUGUUUGCCCAGGAGCAUCCUGAAGUAAACUCCCUGGAGGAGGUGGUGAGGCUGGUGAAGCCCACAGCCAUCAUAGGUGUUGCCGCCAUCGCAGGAGCCUUCACGGAGCAGAUUCUGAGGGACAUGGCCUCCUUCCACGAGCGCCCUAUCAUCUUUGCCCUGAGCAACCCCACCAGCAAGGCUGAGUGCACGGCUGAGAAGUGCUACCGGGUCACUGAGGGCCGAGGGAUCUUUGCCAGUGGAAGUCCUUUUAAGAGCGUGACUCUGGAAGAUGGCAGGACCUUCAUUCCCGGGCAGGGAAACAACGCCUAUGUGUUCCCUGGAGUGGCUCUGGGGGUCAUCGCUGGCGGGAUCCGGCACAUUCCAGACGAGAUCUUCCUCCUGACAGCAGAGCAAAUUGCCCAGGAGGUCUCUGAGCAGCAUCUGUCCCAGGGGAGACUGUACCCACCACUCAGCACCAUCCGAGAUGUGUCUUUGAGAAUCGCCAUCAAAGUCCUUGACUUCGCGUACAAACACAACCUGGCCUCCUACUACCCGGAGCCCAAGGACAAGGAGGCUUUUGUAAGAUCCCUGGUCUACACUCCAGACUAUGACUCCUUUACGCUGGACAGCUACACUUGGCCCAAGGAAGCCAUGAAUGUUCAGACGAUCUGACACAGUCUCAGAGGCUGGUGUGGAGCUGGAUGAAGCCCAGAGUAAUACUGACAAUAUAAAUGGGUUCCAAAAUGGC